UGUUUUAUUACAGCUCCAUUCACUACUCCCGGAGUGAUAAAUGUCAGACAUAUUGGACAACUUGUGCAGAACAAAUUUCCAGAAACUUGGAUUUGGGAAGAACAUAGUGUUGGACCAUCUGGGGAGUUACAGAUUAUUAAACAGCUGCCUGAUUCCAUAACCUCGUGGACAAUUUCUGCUUUUUCGACAAAUGCAAUAUCAGGCUUAGGAAUAGCAGAAGGACUUCCAAAGGUGACAGUUCAAAACGAGUUUUUUCUCACAAUGGAUCUUCCUGAUAUCAUCGUAAAGGGCGAAGAGGUCGUGAUACAAGUAUCUAUAUUUCAUUACCUGCCGACAAGACAACAGGUGUUUAUGUCGAUUCAACACUCAGAUGACCCUCAGCAGCCAACACUAGCAACAAUAGAAGUCCAGCCAGGAGGCCAUUCUAUAUUUGUAAAACUUACUCCACAAAAUAUUGGUGAUAUCACAAUUACUGCAAUGGCAAGGGCUGGUGACCUUUUAACAACAGUCGCCAUGGAUACUUUGCAAAGGACAAUAACCGUUAAGCCAAAUGGCUUAAAGAAAAACUGCAACAAACAACAUCUGAUUCAUCUGCACCCAGCCUUACCUACUGCAUCAAAGACUGUUUCACUUGCAACACCUUUAAAUAUCGUGCAAGGCAGUGAUGCACUUGUGACAGUGAAAAUCACAGGCGAUUUCAUGAUUCCGAGCAUAAACGGUCUCCAGAAUCUCUUGAAACAACCGCAUGGUUGUGGUGAACAGAACAUGGUGGAUUUUGCGCCGAAUGUCUACGUUUAUAAGUAUCUGAAAGCCGUUGGUGAAUUGACAUCAACGAUAGAGAAAAACACGCAAAGACAUCUUGAAUUUGGCUAUCAGAAUGAGCUUGCUUACAAACACAGGGAUGGUUCUUUCAGUGCUUUUGGUGAAAGUGACUCUUCAGGCAGCUCAUGGUUAACGGCCUUUGUCCUCAAAUGCUUCGGCCAGGCCCGCGCACUGAUCCUGAUUGACGAUAACGUUCUCAAGAAGGCGAUGGUGUGGUUGUUGUUCCAUCAGUACCACGAUGGGUCAUUCGAUGAACCAGGAAAGCUCAUCCGAUGGUUCGACCAGUCAGGUUCUGGACACGGGAAUGAUCUGAAUUCGUUCAUCUUGAUAUCGCUUCUUGAGAAUAAAGAUUUCCAUCUUGUAGAGGAUUCAAAACUGAGCACGGCAAUCACUCUCGGUGUUCAGAACUUGGAAUAUAAGUUAAUCGAUGUUCAAGACGCUUAUACAAUGGCAAUAAUGUGCUACACACUGGCUUUAGCAGAGAGCUCACUGAAUUAUACAUGUAUGAAUAAACUAAAAGCAGCAGCUGUGAUUGAUGGUGAACAGACAUUCUGGUCAAGUAGAGGUACAGUCGGGAGAUCUGGUCCACUCUUAACGCGUGCCCUAGCCAGGGACAUUGAGGCGACCGGGUAUGCGUUACUUGCCUACAUAGAGAUGAACAUGGUGACUGAGGCGUUCUCUAUAGUCAAAUGGCUGGUCUCGCAAAGGAAUCCAACUGGCGGUUAUCAGUCGACACAGGAUACUGUGGUUGCUCUUCAAGCAUUGUCGAAGUUUUCUGAGUUAUUUGGACUUGAUAAAUAUAAAACAGCAAACUAUGGCGUCAAAAUCCGGGCAGACGGACCUGGUUUUAGUCAUCAGUACGCCGUGACUAAAUUCAACUUUGACAUGAUCCACAGUGUGGAGGUAUAUAAUACGUUGAGUUAUCUCAACAUUUCUGCAACCGGAUACGGUAUAGCAGUAAUCGACGUCUCAAUGACUCACUAUGUGCAAGGCGCGAUCAGUGACAACUUUAUCACUGUGUCCGUCCCAAUAGUGAAGGAGUCCAUAAACAGCAUAACAAUCAACCCAUGUGUUAGAUGGACUGGAAACACGACUAGCAAUAUGUUGCUUGUGGAAAUCGAAAUGCCGACAGGCUUUAUGCACGAUACUGAAGUUCUGAAUGUCCAGGCAACCAUCAGGCGCUAUGAGAGAAACGGGCGAAACCUUGCCUUGUAUUUUGAUUCGUUAGAUUCCAGGGAAUACUUCUGUGUGUCUGUGACGAUGGACCGUUUUCAGCCUACAGCCAAAAGUCAGGCAUGUCACGUGGUCGCAUACGACUAUUACGAACCAACCCACCAGGCCAUAGCAGUCUACGAAUCUGAAAUAUUGAAGAAGGCUACCAUCUGCGAUGUGUGUCCGUUGUGUGAGUGGUGUCAUAUCCAGCAGUUCCAGCCAUCGAUUGUUGGCUAAUCGGUACAUAAAAUAUGAUGCGAUAAAGAAGCCUUGAUUGGAAAUACACAUGUAUCAAUAAACAUUAAGAAUUUAA